AACAAAUUCAAACUCGGAAAACUAUCAAUCAUAUUGUAAGAUGGUUUGCCGAUGAUCAUAUGAAUUACUACGGAGUAUAAGUUUCACCAAAAAAAAAAAAAAAUCAUACUUCCUCAUAUUUUUUAUUAUUAUUGCAGUGCUAGACAUGUUCACUUCAAGUCUGAUCUUGAGUCUAAUACUUGUUUUCUUGAAACAAAUUAUUUUUACAGAUGGCCAGACAAACUUGGACUGCGAAAUUUGUCAAGGCAAUCGUACAAAUGAUGAGUAUAGCAGAAACUUAAACAACCUUCUUUCUAUCAUAACAUCCAACACCAACAUUAUUAACAAUGGAGUCUACAACUCCUCCUUUGGGAAGGAACCCAACAAAGUUUAUGUUCUGGCCGUAUGCCGUCGAGACCUCUUAGUGACGGACUGCCAUCGUCAUAUUACUGACUCGGCGAUCAGGUUCCGGGAAGUAUGUGUUACAAGUAAUGAGUCAAUUGGAUACUAUAGUAGUGAGAGUAUAUUCCGAUAUUCAUACAAGCCUAUAUUGGAUAUCGACAGCAACAUUAACUGCACCUUUAGAGGUCCCUGGCCAGUUCCGGAGCCUUAUGUAGAGAAGUUCAGGCAGGAAUCUAGAAGUUUAUUUGAUGGACUCAUAAAGAAGACGGCAGCAGGGAAUUCGAGCGAUAAAUCUGCUGCAGGAGUUGUUAAUGUUACAGGUUCCCUGAGCAUAUAUGCAAUAACUAUGUGCAGUCCAGAUUUAUCUUCUUCUUAUUGCUUGCAUUGUUUGAAACGGGGUCUUAGUGAGAUCGAUGUCUGUUGUAGUAGUCUUCAAGGUGCCACUUUCUAUCGGUCCGGUUGUACGAUUCAGUUUGACAAUUAUCCAUUUUUCAACUUUGCUAGUUGGAAUUCCAUGCCACCAUCAAUUCUGCCACCGUUUACUCCAGCUCUAGCCCGGAGAAGAAGUAAACCAGGAAGGGGCAUUUAUAUAGUUAUCGGCGUUGUGAUUGCGAUAUUGGCAACUGCCAGCUUACUUAUAUAUUUCUCAAGGAGAUCAAAACAGAAUAAAGAUCAGAUUGAUAACAAUGAUGAGAUAAUAUGUGUCGACUUCAGAAAAUUCGAUUUAAGGGCAGUACAAGCCGCGACACAUAACUUUUCUGAUGCUAAAAAUAUAGGGAAGGGAAGUUCAGGAAGAGUAUACAAGGGAAUCCUUCCAGGUGGACAAGAAAUAGCAGUUAAGAAGCUAUUAAAAAUUGACAAAGAUUUCAAACUGAAAUUUGACAAUGAGGUUCUAUUAUUGACAAACCUACAACACAGAAACUUGGUGAAACUCCUAGGAUUUUGUGCUCGAGAGGACCUUAAGCUUCUAAUAUACGAGUUUCUGCAAAACGAAAGUCUCGAUAAGUUUCUACUCGAUCCUGCUAAGCGUGCAAAUUUUGAUUGGGAAACACGAUAUAAUGUAAUACAAGGAAUUGCUCGAGGCCUCUGUUACCUGCAUGACGAUUCUCUACUAAGGGUCAUUCAUCGAGAUCUUAAACCAAGCAACAUACUAUUAGAUGUUGACAUGAAACCCAAAAUUUCAAACUUUGGCAAGGCAACCCAUGUUCAUGAAGACCAAACUAGGGGAGCUACUAGCACAAUUAAGGGUACAUGUGGGUAUAUGCCUCCAGAGUACGCGCAACAAGGGCAGUUCUCUGUCAAAUCUGAUGUAUUUAGCUUUGGUGUCUUGCUACUGGAAAUCAUAUGUGGGCAAAUGAUCCUAUGCUUUUCAGAGGAAGAAAAUGGCAUGGAUCUUCUAAGCUAUGUGUGGAGAAAGUGGUCUGAGGGUACAGCCUUGAAUGUGGUAGAUCCAACACUCGAAAGGAUAGAGAGUCACAAAACGCAAAUGAUGAGAUGCAUAAAGAUCGCAAUGUUAUGUGUUCAAGAGAAUCCAACACACAGGCCAACAAUUGCUGCUGUUAUUUACAUGCUAAACAACGACAUGAUUACUAUACAAGAACCUUCUAAACCAGCGGAUCUAAUCUCAAGUCUCAAUUCACGUACAACAAGCUUCAUAAAGGAAGGUUUUCAGCCAUAGUUGUAAUUACAAUUCAUUCUACAGAGCAAGAGACUCAUAUUAGAAAAUAUCAUCAAUGUAAUUUGAAACAAAUCUUGUUCUUAAUAUCAUACUUGUGUAAAGAUCACUUACAUACUGCAAAUUUGUAGCAAUGCAUGAAUGUAAAUUAGCAUAUUUUGUUGA